AUGGGUAAAAGCACAAAUAGAAAAAAUACAAUUAUUUCUAUUUUGUAUAAGUCUAAUUAUUUCCAUGGAACAACUGCUACCAGUUAUGGUAUACAAUUCGAACCCGUAGCUAAAAAAGCAUUCGAAGCUUUACACAACUUCAAGGUUCAUUCUGCCAGAUUAUUUGUUGAUCCAGCACUCCCUUACUUGGCUGCAUCUCCAGACGGACUUGUUGUAGACGAUUGUAUAAUCGAAAUUAAAUGUCCUUUUUCGGUUAGAGACUACACACCCGAAAAUGCUUAUGAGGAAAAAAAAAUAAAAUAUUUGGAAAAAAAAAAUGAAAAGUUGGUAUUAAAAAUAUUAACUGUGGAAUUGUGGAAGUGUAUAUAG